AUGGCCGCGGCGGCAGCGACACGCCGGGUCAAUGCCAUUGCCAGCCUCCACGUCGAGGCGACCAACGGCGCAGACGAGGAGAGCAGGCGCAGCAGCUCGUCAGCUGACGACUCGCCAGUGGCCAAGCGGAUCAACGCAACCACGUCGAGGGGACCAACGGCGCCGACGAGGAGAGCAGGCGCAGCAGCUCGGCAGCUGACGACUCCCCACUGA